AUGGAAACACAAAAUCUAACGGUGUUCAAUGAAUUCAUACUCGUGGGGAUCACAGACCGCCCUGAGCUGCAGGCUCCAUUAUUCGGGCUCUUCCUCGUCAUCUAUGCUGUCUCAGUGGUGGGCAACUUGGGCAUAGUCAUCCUCACCACGAUGGACUCCAGGCUACAGACACCCAUGUACUUCUUUCUCAGACACCUGGCUUUCACCGAUCUUGGUUAUUCAACAGCUGUGGGACCGAAAAUGUUGGUAAAUUUGAUAACUAAUCAAAACAGUAUCUCCUUUAAUUGCUGUGCUGCACAGAUGGCUUUCAUCAUCUUGUUCAUCGGCAGUGAAGUAUUCAUUCUGUCGGCCAUGGCCUAUGACCGCUACAUGGCCAUCUGUAACCCUCUGCUGUACACACUUGUCAUGUCACAAAGGUCAUGUGAGUUGCUGGUGGCAGUCCCCUAUCUCUACAGCACAUUUGUGUGUCUUCUAGUCACUGUAAAGAUUUUUAAUUUACCCUUUUGUGAAUGUAAUAUUAUCAGCCAUUUCUAUUGCGACAGUCUUCUUUUGUUAACUUUGCUGUGCUCGAGCACACAUGAAAUUGAGUUGUUAAUACUGAUCUUUUCAGCAUCUAAUUUGGUUUCAUCUCUCCUGGUCCUCCUUGUGUCUUACACACUGAUUCUUCUGGCCAUCCUCAGGAUGAACUCUGCAGAAGGCAGGCGCAAGGCCUUCUCCACCUGUGGAUCACACUUGACAGUGGUGGUUGUAUUGUAUGUGACUCUAACCUUCAUGUAUGUGCAGCCCAAGUCCAGUCAUUCCUUUGACACUGAUAAAAUGGCCUCUGUGUUUUAUACACUGAUAAUCCCCAUGCUGAAUCCCAUGAUCUACAGCUUGAGGAACAAAGAGGUGAAAGGUGCCUUUCAUAGGAUAUGGAAAAACCUGAACAAACUCCUCAGAUAA